AGUCAUGGUAUCGACACAACGUCGAACAUUAUUUACAGCUGUGUGUACCCGUCUUGCGAGCAGUCUAACUUUACAGCUACUUCGCAGAAUAAUAGUGAUUGGAGUUUAAAUUCAAAUUAUAUAGCACUGAAAAGCUUACGUGCAUAGUUGAAAUCGAAAAUAAAAGUAAAACUUCAUCUAUAUCAAACCUGAAUGAGCUAAUGUAAAUACUGGACGUUCCUGAAUAAGCGGUUAUGGAUUUCUACGAUACAGUGAUGGGUGAAUUAGUGCAGCGGUACACGGGGAUCGAAUCACCCAAGACAACCAGAGGCACAAAAUACACCUUGUUCAUCAAAACGGGUGAUCGAUUUGGUAUGGGCACAGACGCCACGGUCUCGGUUGCGUUCUAUAACAAGCAAGGACUUCGUUCCCCGGAUUUCAAGCUUAGCAACCUGUUCCGAAACGACUUCGAGUCCGGCCACGUGGAUAAGAUGCAGAUUGUGUUGAAGAAUCUUCAGUUUGGAGACCCGGCCCACAUAGAGCUGUCGCGGACCCGAUGCGGGCUUGGACUCGGAGACUCUUGGUUUUGCGAGGUUGUCAGGGUGGUGAACGUGGAAACGAAGAGGGUGCACACGUUUCCCGUCCAUCGUUGGGUCCUUCCCGAAUCCCCGAUCAAACUGAAGGAGUACGAUGCCGUACUUCCACAGCAUGACGAAAACGUGGCACAGAGACAACGCGAGCUCAAAAAGAAGAGAGAUCUGUACGUCCCGGUCAGGAAUGAACAAACGGGGAUGAUCACGUACAAGGACCUACCACCAGAUGAAAACUUCUCCAUUAGCUCGACGAUUGAUCUGAUCGGGAAUGGAGUCAAGCUAUUAGGUAAAGCGGCAAUAAGGAGUCUCACCGUAAAGACGUGGCAUUCAUUGAAGGAAAUGGAGGAGAUUUAUCAAGAAGCCCACUUUCCAGCGCCAAUGGGAAUGCAAAACUGGAGGUCAGACAAAGAGUUCGGCAAGCAAAGACUGGUGGGAUGCAACCCAGCAAUGAUUCGACUUUGUACCGAGAUACCAGAGAAUUUUGCCGUCAGUGAGAGCGAUCUUGAGCCCCUACUCGAAGGACUCACAACUAAAGAUGCCAUCCAGCACAAGCGUCUCUUCAUCAUUGAUUACCAGUUCCUUAAAGGGUUGCCUUGUACGGACGGAAGAGAGAUGUGUGCCCCUGUGGCUCUUUUCUUUCUCAACAAGGACAAAUAUUUGAUGCCAGUCGCAAUCCAGUUAUACCCAGACCCAGCUCCAGACAAUCCGGUGUUUUAUCCAACGGAUCCUGAGUAUACUUGGCUGAUGGCAAAAUGCUAUUUCAACAUGGCCGAUCUGUCAGUGCAUGAGUCGGCCAGUCAUCUUGGAUUGACGCACAUGGUCGGUGAAUCAGUCGUCAUAGCAACGCAUCGAUACCUGGCUCCGUCCCAUCCCAUCUUCCGACUUCUUGCCCCUCAUUUUCUCUACCUACUCGCCAUCAAUGAUAAAGCCUUGGACGAUUUGAUGGCAAAGGGAGGCUUCGCCGAUAAGAACAUGAACAUAGGAGCAGUAGGCAUGGUGGGAAUUAUCAAACGUGCUUUUGCAACUUAUCGUCUUGACGUAGAGGGCUCCCUCCAUGCUGACCUUCAGGAGAGAGGAGUCUCUGAUCCAGAAGUUCUACCCAACUACUACUACCGUGAUGACGCCUUGCUCUUACACAAAGCAAUAUAUCGCUUAGUGGAACAAGUGGUGGAACAUCAUUAUGACACACCUGAGAAGAUUGCUGGCGACGAGGAGCUUCAAGAAUGGGCGUGGUUCUUGGGCGGUCAGCCGAAGUGUGAAGGAGACGUCACAGCUGGAAUCAAGGGAUUUCCGAACGGUGGCCGAUUGGACACGUCGAGAGAGAUCACAACCGUUAUCACCGACUUCAUCUUCAUGUUCACCGCUAAGCACGCCGCGGUGAAUUUCGGUCAGUACGAACUUUUCGGAUUCCCGCCAUCCUACCCCGCCUGGUUGAGCGGCAAACCACCACAUGACAAGACUGCUCUAUGUGAGAAGGAUAUUCUUGACAAACUUCCAGGCAAGACACAAACAUUACAGACCAUGGCUAUGACGUCACUCCUCAGCUGCCAUGACAACAAGGCAUUAGGAGACUUCGAGAUCCAGUACAUGCAUGAUCCUAACGGUCUCCAAGCUUUGGAGAGAUUCCGCGCUGAACUCAAGGAAGUUGGUAAUACAAUCGACGAACGAAAUAAGACCAGAGAAAACAAGUACCACUGGCUUCAUCCAUCUGAAGUACCGAAUUCUAUCUCUAUCUAGCUUUUAGAAAAGAGUGAGAUAUUUUUUAUAAGUAUAAGUGAUUUGUUUUACAGCUGAAUAUUUAAGGGGAGAGGGUUUAAGAAGAAGAAGGGAUAUUUGGAUGAGAGCAAUAAUUAACGCAGCUUUGAGAUCAUUUUUUCUCACAAACGUCUUCAGCGCAAAUAUAUGCCCGACUACAUUACGAAAUUGGUAUAUCGCCAAACUACCUCUUGAAAAAAAAAUAUGUAUUCAAACAAACAAAAAAUUAUGGAUCAUUGACAUUGAAAACCAUACUCUUCGCGUUGAGUAGGCAUGUAUCAGGGAUGCGGGCCCGGUUUCAUAAAACUUGAUAUCAAUAACAAGUUACAAGCUACUGUUUUAAGCUACUGAAAUCAUGGCAUCUGAUUGGCUGAGAGCAGAUUUAUCAUAGAAAUGAAGCAUUGUUUAUUGAUAUCAUGUACACAUGUACAACACACUAUCUAUUUACUCUUUCCUUGAUUGCAUUAGCUAUGUACUUCUUUAAUAAACCAAUGUUUUAAGCAUGACCUAGUAAAUACCCAAAUUAUUUUCGCAUUUUCCUAUGUAAAGUAUACUUUUUUGUCAUUGGCACAGUUUAAUAGCUCUGGUAUUUUGUAAAAUAUAUGUUAGUUUUGUUUUUAAUUAUUAUUUUUGAAGUGACAAAGAUAUUGCAUGUAAUAUGUGCAAUAAAUGAACGAAGAUAAGUAUGUCGUAAGGUUGUGAAAACAUAAUUAGCUCUCUUACCGUACAAUACCUUUUUGACAAAACAAUAAAAGUAACGUACUCAAAUUGUAUAUGAUGUAUUAUGAAUAAGGAUAAAGUGUAGGAACCUACUGAAAACAUAGAUGCUUUUAACUUGCAGGUUUCCGCAAAGUUACGUGACCAAAAUACCGUUAUAAUUAUACAAAAUAGAUGGUAAACAUGUUAACAUAAUUGUGUGAAAUUGCGUUCAAAUCAAUAGGUACAAAUCCUUCUUUGAUGUACAUCGAAGUAUUAAGAUAUAACACAAUCAGAUGUGCAUCAAAAUAUAAUACAAACAAAUACAUGUACCAAUCUUAUAGCUUAUCUAAGGUCUUAACCACUAAAGAAAGUCGUCUCUCUCUCCUUCUCUGUUGUGUUCCCACUGUGAAAAGGAAUACGAGCAAACUUUCCAUAAAUUUUGCUCUUAUUCUUAUUCAAGCAAAUCAAAUGCACAAAGUAUUUGGUAAAACAUAGCAUUCUUCCAGGAGUUAUACAAAGCGUUUUAUGUUUUUCCUCACGAAAAAAAUAGGCGCUUAGUUUUAAGCCGUUUCAUAAUGACCAAAACCCCGUAACACAAAUGUUUGCAAUAAUUUUGUUUUCUUCACAUUU